AUGGAGAGAAAACUCAUGUCCCUGCCUCUGUCCAGCUCCAUAUCAGAAAUGGAACCAAAUAGCACCCUGAGCAGUUACAACAGUAGCAGGGACUGCAUGAUUGAUAACUUCAAAAAAGAUUUUUACCCAGUUGUAUACUUGAUAAUAUUUGUCUGGGGAGCCUUGGGAAAUGGCUUUUCCAUAUAUAUUUUCCUGCAGCCUUAUAAGAAAUCCACGUCUGUGAAUGUUUUCAUGCUAAACCUGGCCAUUUCAGAUCUCCUAUUCAUAAGUACACUGCCCUUCAGGGCCGACUAUUAUCUCAGGGGCUCCCACUGGGUAUUUGGAGACCUGGCCUGCAGGAUUAUGUCCUACUCCUUGUACGUCAACAUGUAUAGCAGCAUUUACUUCCUGACGGUGCUGAGUGUCGUGCGUUUCCUGGCCACUGUUCACCCUUUCCGGCUUCUCCACAUCACCAGCAUCAGGAGUGCCUGGAUACUGUGUGGCAUCAUUUGGAUUCUCAUCAUGGCUUCUUCGAUCGUGCUUCUGAGUACUGGCUCUGAGCACAAGGGCAACGUCACAUCCUGCUUUGAGCUGAAUCCCGGCAAAAUCAACAAACUGCAGACCAUGAACCACAUAGCCUUGGUGGUGGGCUUCUUGCUGCCGUUGUGCACACUCAGUGUCUGUUACCUGCUCAUUGUUCGAGCCCUGUUGAAGGUGGAGCUCCCAGAGUCAGGUCUUCGGCUUUCUCACAAGAAGGCACUGAUCACCAUCAUCGUAGCCUUGAUCCUCUUCCUCCUGUGUUUCCUGCCCUACCACGCACUGAGGACCCUGCACCUGCUCACGUGGGACGUGGGGAAGUGCCAAGAAACAUUGCACAAAGCUGUGGUCAUCACACUGGCCUUGGCAGCUGCCAACAGCUGCCUCAAUCCUCUGCUCUACUACUUUGCUGGGGAGAACUUUAAGGACCGACUAAGGGCUGUGCUCAGAAAAGGUCAUUCCCAGGAGGCAGAGACAAAGUUCAGCUUUCCUGUUUGUGUGUGGCUGAGAAAGGAAGCCAAGGUAUAA